AUGGAGAUUAAGGGAGUACAAGAAUUAAUUGAGCAGAAUCCUACAGAUGAGUUAUUGGAGAAGGAGGGGGAGCUACUGAAGGAAUUUGAAAGAGUACUCGAACAUGAAGAACUUAUUUGGUUUCAGAAAUCGCGGGAGAAGUGGGUUGCUCAUGGAGAGAGAAAUACUAAGUUCUUUCAUAUGUCGACAAUUAUACGGAGGAGGCGUAAUAGGGUUGAAGCGUUGAAGAAGGAUGAUAAUCACUGGGUAACAGAUGCCAAUGAAUUGGAGGAGCUUGCAGUAAAUUAUUUCAAGAGAUUAUACUCUCUAGAGGAUGUGGAGACCGAACCAAUAAGAUUAUCAGGGAGGGGUUUUGUGAGGCUGACGAGUCAAGACUAUGAGAUUCUAAACAAAACAUUCUCUGCAGAGGAAGUGGAGAAGGCUGUAAGAGCCAUGGGAAGCUUUAAAGCGCCAGGACUUGACGGGUUUCAGCCUGUCUUCUAUCAAAGGUGCUGA